UUCUCGGACGAGUUGGGAGACGACCCCCCUCAUGCGCCCCACGCUCACGCCAAGCACGUGCUCGACGAUGACAACGCCCAUACCGCUUGCCUUAUCGAGCUGGUGAACUCUCAGGUGGUCCUGAAGGGGUGCGAGACGCGCGGCUACGUGCUGCUGUGCGCCGCGCGUGCCGAGGUGCGGCAGCGCGUGAGGCGCAGCCCCGCCGCCGUGGCCUGGAGCGGCGCGCUCUCCGCCAUGCAGUACUACGCCACCGUCAGCGCCGCGGACCGGGACCAGUUGCUAGAGAACAUCCAGUGGGUGUCGGUGGAGGAGAUCUCGGAGCGGUGGGCGGGCGCGGAGAUCAGCACGCUGCCGGACGUGCCGCGGCUGGUGGGCAGCGGGCACUCCGCGGGCGGCGUCAUCGGACGGACCGUCGGGCCCGGCGCGGACACUGGACUCGCGCAGUUACAAAGGAUAGUGUCCCGCUGCGCGUGCGAGUUCUACUACCUGUCGCAUGAAGAGGCGGAGCGCGCGCCGGCGGGGGAGGGGUGGGGCGCGCAGCAGCAGCCCUACGACUCCUUCACGCUCAUGCACCACGACCUCGACGUAUGCACCAACUCGCUGCAGUACGCGAUGCUCCUGGACGUGGUGAACAACGUGGUGCUGCACGUGGAGCCGGAGCGGCGGCGCACGCUGGAGAGGCGCGCGCGCAUGCGCUUCCAGCUGCAGCUGCACCGCGACCGCGACCCCAGGCAGCUCAUACACAAGCUGCAGACGCAGGUCCGCGAGUCAUUAGCCAGACUGCGUCGCCUCGAGAAGGAGUAUUAUUUGAAGAAUCGCUCCAUCACAGGCGACGAUCCCAUCGCUGUCGAGGAAUUGAAGAGUCUCGAUGAUCAGGUGAACGAGUGCAAGGAGGUGGUGUGGUCGCUGGGCGAGGAGCUGGACGCGAUGGUGCGCGCGUGGCGCGAGGCGGGCGGGCGCGCGGAGGGGGAGGGCGGCGCGGGCGCGGGCGCGGGGGGCGCGCCGCACCGGUACAACGAGAUCUGCUUCAAGUCCGCCAGGUGGCGCCUCACCGACGCCGACGGGCAGCUCGGCAUCGCAGACCUGCUGCUCUCCAACUUUCUGUAUACUAAAACGUCCAGAUCAGAUGACUCGGUGGAGCACCAGUUGGAACUUGGAUAUGUGCGUGUUACCAAUUUGUUGCCGAACGAACCGUUCCCUGAGGUGCUGGCCCCGCAGGCCGCGUCGGGGCGCGCGCCGCUGGCCCGCCGCGCGGCGCUGCGCGUGUUCUGCCGCGACCGCCCGCCCGUCGGCGGCAUCGCCGUCAAGGAACACUUCGAGGUCAACAUCGUGCCCAUUAGGAUAGGUUUGACCAAGAAGUUCUUCAACACGAUGCUGAAGUUCUGUUUCCCGGAGCGGGACCCCGACACCAUGGAGGAGGGCGAGGAGGACAGCGAGGGCGCACGCCCCUCCACCUCCACCGCCAGCCUCGUCUCCGCCGGCUCGAAGAAGACUAAGAAGAAGACCAAAGACUCCAACUCCAACUUCUAUGUCAAGAGAGAUAAGAAAGACAAAGACGACGUCGAAAAAAUGAAGGAACGUGCGGAAAAGAACAAACUGUUCAUCUACAUAAAGAUCCCCGAGGUCCCUGUGAGGGUGUCGUACAAGGGCAGCAAGGAGAAGAACCUGGAGGACGUGAGAGACCUGCCGCUGGUGCUGCCCACGCUCGAGUAUCACAACUUCACCUGGACCUGGCUCGAUCUGCUGCUGGCCAUCAAGAGCGACACGCGCAGGGUGAUUCUGUCACAAGCGAUCAGGCAAAAGUUGCAGCUGCACAGGCGCGCGGCCGCCGCCCCUGAACCGCUAGAGGAAGACAAGGCACGACUACUGUUGGGCGAGAGGACCGUGACAGAAAACAAACCUCAGAAAAAGAGCACGCCGAGCGUCUUCAAAUUCUCCAAAUCUUAG